CAGCGGCUGACUGGCUGAAGGAAUCCGGAUAUGAUGAAAAUGUUUCAGCCCAACUAUCGUCAACAAACUGCCGUUGCCGAGCGUCGAGGACUCGGUGAAGGAUUAUAGUCAACUUUUAUUUAUUUAUUUUCUUACUAAAAAAAAAUCCCCCCCUUGUUGAAACAUCUGGAGAGGGGGGAGGGAACGCAUCGACAACUUGGUGAAAGCUUUUAUUUCAAUAUCCACGUUUCUCGCUUAGCUACAACCGGAGCUGGUCUCUCCCUCUCUUUUUUUCUUUUUCUUUUUUCCCCCCUUUCCCCGCUAAGUCUCAGCGAAAGCGUUUCAUGGUGUAGUAAAAAAAAAAGAAAAAAGGAAAGAAGGAUGGGAAUAACUCAGCCUUGAAAGCGGGGAGUUGUCAUGUUUGAAAGUGCUGCCGGGUGACUAGAGGAUCUUCUUACGCUGUGUGACCCAACAACACGACCUGUCUGAUGUCCAAGGAGACCUCCGUCCGACCUCCGGAUGGGCCUACGGGGCCGAGCAGGGACCACCAUCCAGAAACGAGUCCCCUUCUGUCAAACGAUGCCUGCGACAAGCAAUCCUCAGGAACUACAAAACCAACCAGAAGGGCACCAUCCACUGAAGGAAAAAGUCACGUGACAGAGGAAGAUCCUAAUUUCUGUGAGCCUGUAAGAACUCAGCCUCAGCCAGCGGUCUCGGAGCCCAGCGAGGGGAAUGCUGCCAGAGACCAAUAUAGCCCCAGCCACAAUAGCGCUGGCACUGCCCCACUGAGUAACGGCAACGGAAUCCACCACGGCGUCGGUGGGGUCGGGGUCCCGCACACAUGCACGUGCUCCUGCGGGGCCAGCAUCGGUGCCAGUGCCAUGGUUGGAACGAGCCUGUCUGGAAAACAGACGGCGACCACGACGGAGCAGCCCAGGAAGCAGCCGUCCAUGCCUGUCUCGCAGAAGAUGCAGAGGAAGCUGAGGUCCAGCCUGUCCGUUAACAGUGACAGCAGCCGUCGCAGCAAAGGCAGUUCCACUGGCUCUCAGAAACCGCCCUUACCAGAGGACUGCUGCGUCCACUGCAUCCUGGCCUGUCUGUUCUGUGAGUUCCUGUCACUCUGCAACAUGGUGGUGGCACAAGCCUCAUGCGGCAUUUGCACGUCAGAGGCUUGCUGCUGCUGCUGCUGCGCUGACGACAUGGGCGACGACUGCAACUGCCCCUGCGACAUGGACUGUGGCAUCAUGGAUGCCUGCUGUGAGUCCUCCGACUGCCUGGAGAUCUGCAUGGAGUGCUGCGGCAUCUGCUUCCCGACCUAAAUAGGCCCCCUGCUGGGGGGGCUCUGCAGGGGGAGGGGACUAGACCUCAGAUGGAAGGACGACAAUAUGGACACAAGACUGCUGCCGCCAUCAGCUGUCCACCAGCAAGCAGACUGAAAGGGAGAAGCAAUAUGUGUUCAGGGGUCAACAUGGGUGAUAGUGAAUGUGUUUAGAAAGUGUGUGUGUGUG